UUCAAAGCCUUCCAGCGCCAAUGGCUGGUCGUCUAUUUGUUGACGAUGCUGGCAGAUUGGCUGCAGGGCACGCACAUGUACACUCUGUACACAGAGUACAAUCAACCUGUGGGGACACUUUACGCGAUUGGCUUCACCUCCUCGGCCGUCUUCGGCACGUUCCUGGGACUCUACGUGGACAAGUACGGGAGGAGGCUGGGCUGCAUUGCCUUUUGCGUGCUGGAGCUCGUCAUCAACGUGCUGGAGCACUUCAAUGACACCACCCUGCUCAUCGUCGGGAGGGUCCUGGGAGGCAUGUCAACGUCCCUGCUGUUCAGUGCCUUCGAGAGCUGGAUGGUGAGCGAGCACAGAAAGCGCGGGUUCCCUGAGGACGACAUCGCGCAGACGUUCGCCAUUGCUCAGGUCGGGAACGGCAUCAUGGCGGUCCUGGCAGGAGUGCUCGCUCAAGUGUCGGCGGAUAACUUCGGGAACAUCGGGCCCUUCCAGCUCGCCAUCUUCCUCACAGCCCUCGUGCUCGUCUUCGUCUGCUUUUGGCCGGAGAACUAUGGGGGUCGCGAGAGGACGGGAGACGGCAAGGACGACGACCAGCACAUGUUCAAGGACGCCUGGAUGUGCAUCGUCAACGACAAGAGGAUCCUGCUGCUGGGGCUGAUCCAGUCCUUCUUCGAGGGAGCCAUGUACACCUUCGUCAUCAUGUGGGUGCCCACCCUGGCCGGGAUGGUGCCUGGGGGCGAGAAGGGAAAGAUGGACUUCGCAGCGUUCUCGCAGGGACAGGGCUGGAUCUUCUCGUCCAUGAUGGUGUGCAUCUCGCUGGGGGGGCAGACGUUCGAGGGGAUGAUCAAGGUCAUGAGCGUGGAGAGAGGAUGCGUCUUCAUCUUCGCUCUCGCCUCCUUGUCUAUGCUCAGCCGCCCUACUCUAUCCCUUCCCCCCUUCUCGGGCCCCCUGAUGAGCCCCUCUGACCAGGUCUUGACCUCCUUCCUCCUCCUUGAGGCCUGCGUCGGUGCCUCGCACACCACCUCUCUCCCCAGCGGCAGCUGUUCUGACAGCUCGCAGGCCUCUGUCAUGAACAUCUUCCGCAUCCCCUUGAAUAUCUUGGUUGUCACCGGAGCGCGAUGCGGCGAUCUGCUGCCUCCAUGGAUGGUG